UCUCCUGUUUUCAAGAUGAGCAUUGCUAGCUAGCUUGCUGUAUACUAUACAAUGGGUUCCAACUCCUAACCUUAGUUUCUUGGUUGGCCAACAUUAUAUUUUGAAAUUCUGGGGGCUCAUGGUACGAGGUUGUGAGCUCCUUCCACUUUCAUACCUUUUCUCUUUGCUCAUCUUUUGCACCAUUCCCUUCUUGCAUACACCCAUCUUCUUUGAUUUACGAGAAAGUCAAUAUCUGCUACUUGAAAGUGCGUUUUGGGUGAAAUUCAUACAGUGAUCCUAGUCAACAAAGGACCACAAAAAACCAUUAACCAGUUCAAACCAAAAACGUCAAUAGACAACUCCCACGAGGUAAUCAAACUUGAAACCUUAUGGUUGCCCCCACCAUAUCCAUCUUCUGAUGCUAUAUAUGAAUAGCCUUUUAAGUCUAGAAAACCAACCCUCUCUCUGUCUUCCAUUCCUUUCCUCUUUCUCUCUGAAAACUAAAAAAAAAAAAAAUGACCUGCUAUCAACAGAGAAUGCUUUGGUGCAGAAAUCAUCAGCUAAUCAUCUUUCUGCUGCUCCUCUCAGUUUCAAGCUUCAUCCAUUUCAGUUCAUUGGCUCAAGGCAGAGAUACUCCCAACCUGGAAAGAACUCAGAGGAGAAAUGAAGGAAAAGAAGUAAAGAUGAGAUCUUUGAUUGGUUCAAGGCCUCCCAGAUGCGAGAGCAGAUGCAGGAAUUGUGGUCACUGUGAAGCAGUUCAAGUCCCCAUUGAUGAUCCUUCAGACCCCAAACACCCCCAAACAAGAACCCAUCAGUUCAAUGCAGUUCCCAAAGUUGUUGCUUAUUCCAGAGGAGAUGGUAUCGACAACUACAAGCCCAUGUCUUGGAAGUGUAAAUGUGGAAACCACUUUUUCAAUCCUUGACCAACCUGUAUAAAAAAUUAAACCAUCAAAAUGUUACCUAUCAUUCUUGACCAACAUAUUAAUAGAGAGGCAAAUUCAUGUGCAGAUUGGUUGGCCACAAAUGUGGAUAGCACCCAGUUUGGUUGCGGGCAAUAUUGAUGUGGUGUAAUCGUGUUUGUUUUCAGGCCGUUUCAUGUUGUUUACAUACCCUUUUUUUCUCUUAUUCUAUUUGUUAUAGUAUGGUAAUAGUUUUCUGUCAUCUGUGAACUGCAAGUAAAUAUUUCAAGAAUAAGAAGAAACUAGCAGUGUAUAAAGAAUGACAGAAUGAAUCGAAGUGCAUCAAGAAACUAUGAUGUAAGUUCCAGAAUCAGAAACACAAGAUUAGAGUUACAUGAAUUGACAAGAUUAAGGUACUGAGAUGCCAACAACAAAAGCUAAAAA